AAAGUUGUUGUUGAGACGCGGGCGCUAAGAUGGCGGCGGCGGCAGCCGUGGCGGGGGCGGGGCGCGGCGGCGGCGGCGACGGCGGCGCAGGCGGCGCAGAGCCCCGGCAGGAGCGGAGCCGGGCGCGGGGCUGGGCCGGCGCCGAGCGCGGCGAAGGCCGGAGGAUGGAGCCAGGUGAAGAGAUGGAGGAGGAAGACUCUCCAGGCGGCCGUGAGGAUGGCUUCACUGCUGAGCACCUGGCCGCAGAGGCCAUGGCAGCUGACAUGGACCCCUGGCUGGUGUUUGAUGCCCGAACCACAGCUGCUGCCGAGCUGGAUGCCUGGUUGGCCAAGUACCCACCAUCCCAGGUUACUCGCUAUGGGGACCCUGGCUCGCCCAACUCUGAGCCUGUGGGCUGGAUUGCAGCAUAUGGGCAGGGCUAUGUCCCCAACUCGGGUGAUGUGCAGGGCCUACAGGCAGCCUGGGAAGCUCUGCAGACCAGCGGGCGGCCCAUUACACCGAGUACCCUGCGCCAGCUGGCCAUCACCCAUCAUGUGCUCUCUGGCAAGUGGCUGAUACACCUGGCACCUGGCUUCAAGCUGGACCAUGCCUGGGCUGGCAUUGCGCGGGCUGUGGUCGAGGGCCGGCUUCAGGUGGCCAAGGUGAGCCCACGGGCCAGGGAGGGUGGGCGCCAAGUCAUCUGUGUUUACACGGAUGACUUUACGGACCGCUUGGGUGUACUGGAGGCAGAUGCUGCCAUCCGUGCAGCAGGCAUUAAGUGCCUGCUCACCUACAAGCCUGACGUCUACACCUACCUGGGCAUCUACCGGGCCAACCGGUGGCACCUCUGCCCCACGCUCUAUGAGAGCCGCUUUCAGCUGGGGGGCAGUACCCGCGGCUCCCGUGUGCUGGACCGCGCCAACAAUGUGGAACUAACCUAGUGUGGCCACUAGGGGAGACCACCUUCUGCCCCUUCCCCCCCCCCCCACUCCCUGCUAGGGAUGGAUCCUCCCAGCUUCCUCUUCUUUGUCCCAAGGAGUUUGAGCCCUCUAGCUCUAAGGACUACGCCAAUCGGGAACUGCCUGCAUCUUCGAUCCCUUUGAACUCUUGCCCUCUGUUCAGGGCUGACUCAAGUCCCCACCAGCUGGAGGCUCUGGCUCCCUGAGGGCCGGACCCUCAGCCUCUCUUUUCACUGCUGCUCCCCUCUGUCAUCCAGGACCACAGGCUGGGUACAGAUUCCCAGGAGGAGAGCCUUCCUUGGCCACCCUCAUCCCCAGCUGUACCUCCCUCUCCUCCUGAAUCUUUUCCUUCUCCUCCCUCACAAGAGAGAAAAAUUAGUGCUUCCAGUCCUUCUUGGAGCCUUCAUAGUCCAAGGGGCAAAGGCCCUGCAGGCCUAAGCAUGCUGUUUUGUUGGGGGGGAGGGGGUGAUUGUACCCACUCAGCCCUUGGCAGAGAGAAGGGAUGCCAGGGCCAUGGACAUGGGGCCUGCCCCUCCCUGCCACCUUAUACUGCCUGCACCACCUUCCUUCCUUUUACUACUUUGACAUGUGCCUGCUCCUGGCAUUUCAAUAAAACCCUGUUUGGGUCUGUGUCUUGAGUGUUUUUUA